AUGGUUGGUUCAGCUUCUGGUUCUACCCCUACUCUGUCCCGAGCGGAGGGGGAGGGCCCUCGGGCCCCUUUGGUGCGUCGUGAUCCUAAGGAGGCAGCUGAGGAGGCCUAUGACGAGUUCAUUCAUGCUGAGUUGGGUGAGGCGGCGGCUAAGCAGGCGGCCGAGAUGGCGAGGCGUUCAGUUGAAGAGUAUAACCGCGUGUUAGAGGAAAGGUCACCCCCUCAAGCGAUCCCGACACUGAAGCAUCAAAGUAUGGUUACUGAAUCGGCUGAGGACAACAAGCAGGCCGAGUUAUCACAGACGAGAGGCAUGUUGGCGCCUCUCCUCACUGGUCAGACGUUGCAAGUGGUGACCGCCCAGAUGCCGGAGAGAUAUGAUGGAGUCUCCAACCUAAGGAUCUGGUUCCGAAGGUUCGAGGCAGAUGCCAGGGCGGCCGGUUGGAAUGAGCACAUGAUGGCCGAGAGAUUGGUUCUCAUUGAGAACGCUGGCAAGAAGGACUUCGCUGCUGAUCGAGAGAUGAUGUUACGACUCUUUGACCUGAUUCGUCUCGACGAGGCCUUGGAGAAGUUUCACGCCUUAUCUUGGGACGGGAAGGGUCAUGUCAGUCAGUUCAUGGCCAUCUUGAAGCGGGCCCUGGAGGAGUACGACAAGAUGUUACCGGCGGAGGCGAAACUUCCCCCUUUGGCUAAGAGUCGUAUGUUGUUGGAUCGGCUUACUGCCUGUGCCCCGGAGGGAGCCAGGCCGGUUUUGAGAAGGCGUCGACCUAAGGGUAUGACUGAGGUCUGCCAGAUUAUAGAGGAUUACAGGGGGAAGCAGUCUCGGACGGCCAAGCACGCUGCGGCGGCUGUGUCCGAGGAUGAGCAUGCGUGCCCCGCGGCGGUGGCACAACACUCCCCAGACAAGGACAAGCAGCUGGCUUCGCUUAUUGAAUCACAGACUAAGGCUAUCAACGCUAUGCAUACUUCGCAGAAUUCCCUGCUUGGGUCCCUGAAGGACAUCCUCAAGGCUCAACAAGAUCCUGGUCGUAAGGAUAGGGACAUGCGUGCAGGACCCACGCAGCCCAGGAGACAGCUGAUGCGGUGUGGGAUCUGUGAGGCCCCCGGCCCGGGAAGCACAUGA